GCCGCCGCGCCCGGCCUCCGCGCCGGCAUGGUGAACCUGGCGGCCAUGGUGUGGCGCCGGCUCCUGCGGAAGCGGUGGGUGCUCGCCCUGGUCUUCGGGCUCUCGCUCCUCUACUUCCUCACCAGCACCUUCAAGCAGGAGGAGAGGGCGGCGAGAGAUCGGAAUCUCCUCCAGGUUCAAGACCAUGAUCAGCCCAUUCUGUGCAAAGUGCAGUUUAACUUGGGCAAUAGCAGUCGGCCCAGCAACCAGUGCCGGAACUCCGUCCAAGGGAAGCACCUCAUCACCGACGAACUAGGAUACGUUUGUGAAAGGAAGGACUUGCUGGUGAAUGGCUGCUGUAAUGUCAACGUCCCGGGCACCAAGCAGUACUGCUGUGAUGGCUGCUUGACCAACGGCUGCUGCAGCGCUUACGAGCACUGCGUUUCCUGCUGCCUGCAGCCCAACAAGCAGCUUCUCCUGGAGCGCUUCCUCAACCGGGCAGCUGUGGCCUUCCAGAACCUCUUCAUGGCAGUGGAGGAUCACUUUGAAUUGUGUUUGGCUAAAUGCAGGACCUCAUCCCAGAGUGUGCAGCACGAGAACACCUAUAGGGAUCCCAUAGCAAAGUAUUGCUAUGGAGAGAGCCCUCCCGAGCUCUUCCCAGCGUGAUGGGCGCAGUGAUGGGCACAGAAGACUUUCCAAGCGCAUGCGGCUAAAGCACUUAGUCUGAAGCCAGGCUCAGCGGUCACUAGUCCCUUGGAAGAAGAGAGUUGUCGUGCGGAAACCUUGGCUUUGACCACUUCUUGGGCUGUACUCUUUGGGCUGCACUCCCCGCCAGGCUUCACCAGAUGGGACUGAUCUAUAAAGCAGCUUGGAAACACCAGCGGGUCACAUUUGAAAAAGACCAAACUGCAGGCGACCUUGCGGAGGGAUUGGUGCUGUGGGCACCUCCACCAUUGCAGCUGCUCGGGGUCCCAGGGUCACUCACAGGGUUCAUCGGGGCCCUUCACUGUACAGUUAUUUAUUGGAUUUCUUUAUAGUAUUGGGAAAAUUAUAAUGUUUUAUAUUGAAGAAUG